AUGUCAAAUUCAACUUACAAUAAUCUGUGGAAAAGUACGCAAAAUGAAUUGGAAAAACUUGCCACGCAUGAUUUCGAGUAUCAAGCUACAGAACCUCAAUUUGAUAAACAUUUAAUUCAAAUGCGUAUAUUUGAGCUUUAUGCGAAAUACGUCAUAAUUGGAAACAAAUUAAAUGAGAUUUAUGAUCAAAUGUUGCAGCCUCAAAAGCGUGUGCUUGUUAAAAAAAUACUUGAUGCCUGUCUCGGGCGGGUUUGUGAAUUGAAACAAGAUCUAGUUAAAAUUGACUUAUCGGAAUUUAAUUAUAAUGAUGAAAUAAUGAUGAAACUUAAGCUGACACCAUUUGAUUUGGAAAUAGAAAUUCCGAAAUAUUUUCAACGCGAACGUGAACAUGAAUUGGCACUUCGCAAUAAAACAAUGGAUGACAUUUUGAAACGAAUUGGAGUGAUUGAAGAAGAUGUCCCAAUCGAGCGUUUGACUGAGCUUGAAGCAAUUCGCAUCAUUCAAAUGCACGAGCGUGCACGUCAGGGGAGGUUGCGGGCACAAUUUAUGAAAGAAAUUCGAUCUCUGAAAGAAAAGGGAAAACCCGAGCGAGGAAAAGCUGAGACCGGCUUUUUGGCUGCAAUGAAAAUACAAAAAAUGUGGCGAGGGUUUGCUUCAAGGUUGCAGACACGUAAGAAGAAGUUGGAAGAAAUGAUUCUCAUUGGAAUGUUGCCAGACCCGAAACAAGAUACGAAACUUCAAGAAAGCGUCGAAUUGCUACGUAAGCAACGCUAUAGGAAACAGUCUGAAUACUAUCAGUUGUACCUAGAAUCAUUAAAAAGAUUUGAAGUGGAAAUAAAAAGCAAACAGGGCGCAUCAAUGUCCGAAGACAUGGCAGACGAAAUUCGUAAUUGGUUUAGAGAUUACUUUGCGAAAACAGGAAAACUUCCCGAGUAUCCAUCUGAAGAUGCGGGUGGUUCAAGACAUUUACUUUCAAGGCAGGGCACCGAGAGUGAAUUCAGCAGAUCGUCUGCGCCGUCAUCAAAAGAGUCGAAAAAAACUGUGAAAGAAAAAGGCAAAGAGAAGGGCAAGGGCGACGAGCUUGUCAUGGACGAUAACUUCAAAAAGGGAUUCAAACCUGAUGAAUCAUCGUUCUUGCCGGAAAUAAAGACUGGAAUUGAUGAAUAUAACGAAAUAUGGAGAACUAAAGACGAGUCGAGUAACUUAAAGCAAUUGCAUUACGAGGACAUGAUUUAUGCUGAAAAAUACAGAGAAGUCGAGAUGGAAUUGCGGAAAAUCGUGGACGAAAUGAUGCGAAAUGAGCUGGAUUUAUUGCAGAUAGCAUUGGAUAAGGAUCGAGCAGCAAAAGGAAAGAAAGUCAAAAAAGGUGGCAAAAAAGCAAGACGAACAGGUAAAAAAAGCAAGAAGAAAAAGGAAAAAGAUUUAACGCCCGACCGAACAACAGAAUCGCUUUUCGAAGAACUUGUGGUGAAUGGGAUACUUGUGAAAUAUCCUGAAAUUUACAUGAAACAAUAUCUUGGGGACCGUGCAUAUUCAGCUCGAUCGCCCAUGAAUCCAGCUCUUGGAGAUAUUCGACAGGUUAUUAAGGAAUAUUGUAUCCUUCCACUAGGCAGUCAGAUGAUCAGAAAUUACGCUCCAUGCAUCAAAUCAGUUUUAAUUGUUGGUCCAAAAGGUACCGGCAAACGUUCACUCGUCCAAGCAGUAGCGACGGAAACCGGAGCUAUAAUGUUUGACUUAAGCCCUGCUAAUCUUGUUGGAAAGUAUCCGGGAAAAACUGGACUGAUUAUGCUAAUGCAUUUAGUUCAAAAAGUAUCACGUUUACUUCAACCAGCAGUUCUUUAUUUCGAAGAUGCUGAAAAGCCUUUCAUGAAAAAAAUUCCGAAAACUGAUAGAACGGAUCCGAAGAGAUUGAAAAAAGACUUACAAAAGAUUGUCAAGAAUAUUGCUCCAGAGGAUCGUGUGAUUCUGAUAGGAGUCUCGAAUGCUCCAUGGGAUGCCGAUCAAAAGCUAUUGCAGCAAACCUAUAAUCGUUUCAUCUAUAUUCCCCGACCAGAUUAUGGUUCGCUUUCGUUUGCUUGGCGUGAAUUAUUGGCUCAAUACAGUGGCGUUUCUAAAACAUUUGACUCGGGUGCAAUGGCAAAGGUAUCGGAUGGCUACACUAUUGGCUCGGUCGUGAGCUGUAUUCAAGAUGUUAUCACGUGCAAACGGAUGCUGCAACUUCGAGUGAAACCUCUUACUCAUGUUGAGCUUAUAAACGCGCUCAGUACAAAGGAGCCAAUUUAUCGUGAAGAAGAGGAAGCUUUUCUGACUUGGUAUUGA